ACAAUAUUUGUUGGCUGUCAGAUAGGCGAAGCAUUAAUUAAAUUACACCUGGCUGCUAUAAAAGCAAGGAUGUGUGCCCCAAAUUUUCGCACUAGUUCACAAUGGCAGCUACGCUCCACUCGUUGACUGUCCUGCUCCUCUUUCUGGAGGGAAUACUCCAGCUAAAUGCCACUGCGAAUCCACUUUUAUUGCCCUGGGAUGAGGACUCGAAUCUUAUGGUAGAGGUUGGCAAAAUUCUCUGUCGUGCCCGCAUCAAGGUUCUCUUCGUUUACUUUGAAAAUCAAACGACACACGAUCAUUCCGGCGAAAUACUGCGCGAGGUCACCAAAUGCGAUACAUCCUAUAUAUCAAUCAGGAAGAAAUCAGUUCCGCUCGAGGCAGUCAAAGAUGACGGCAUAUUGAUGUACAUGGUCAUGAUAAUCAAGGACAUAUCGCAGCCCCUAAAGUUAUCCCUGAUCAACAAGAAGUCCGCGGCCAAGCAUCUGUCCCAUGUUCUGCUGCUCGUGCGGAAUGCAGAGAAUCUCUCCUUAGGCUGGAUGCGCGCGAGCUUCCGUCAAUUCUGGAGCAUUUGGCUGUUGAACAUAGUUAUAAUAUUCUACCGGGAUGACCGACUCCAUAUCUAUCGCUACAAUCCCUUCACGGAUGACUUUCUCCUGCCCGUGGACCUCAGCCAGAACCAGUCACCAACCCUGCAGCAGUUGUUCCCAAAGAACCUCCCGAAUAUGCAUCGCAAGCCGCUGCGUAUGUGCCUCUACAUGGACGAUGUGCGUGCUAUUUACGGCCGGAAGGGCAAGCUCAUGGGCUCCGAUGGACUGCUGGCCAGCUACAUAGCUAAGCGCUUGAAUGCGACCAGAAUAAUCACACGCCCGUUGUUCUACAACCAGAGUACGGAUUUAUGCUCCAAGGAGAUAGCCAACGAGUUCGAUGACGUGGCUAUGAAUAUCCGUUUCCUGGCACCGAAAACCUUCAAAAACAGAAUCGAACCGACCAUCGCGCACAAUCGAGACGAUCUCUGCGUAAUCGUGCCCAAAGCCAAGGCGGAACUAUUAUUCUGGAACAUAUUUCGCUCCUUUGGGGGCUGGGUUUGGCUGGCCAUAGGCAUCUCCGUGCUGCUCUCCUAUCUCUUUUGCCAGCUGCUGUUUUUUUCCACCUCAUCCCUACCUAGGCACGGACGGUACAAACGUCGCUUUGGCCAAGGAGGCGCCCUGGACCUGUUCUCCUCCACCUUGGCGCAGCCCUUGGCACAUGUGCCGCGCAACAGUUGUGUCAGCAUGUUCCUCAUCUUUUGGCUAUACUUUGGAAUGCUGAUUAGCACCGCCUUUCGGGGCAAUUUGACCAGCAUUAUGGUCUAUCGGAAGUCGAUGCCGGACAUCAAUGACCUGAGCGAGCUAGCCGCUUCGUCGUACAAGAUACUCAUACGAUCGCGUCACAUGAAGCACAUACGUCAGUUCCUGAGCAAUGGUCGCGAGCACGAGGCGAGGAUUAGAGAACUAAUGCAGGAGGUACCUGACACGGAGCUGGUCAAGCACUUCAAUCACAACGACCAGUCGUAUGCCUAUUUGGAGAAGUAUCACAUUGCCUCGUUUCAGGUUAAUGCCAGGCAGCACAUGCAUCUCGGUCGACCGCUAUUUCACCUCAUGGACAGCUGCCUGGUGCCCUUCCACGGGGUCUACACGGUUCCCUAUGGGUCGCCCUAUUUGGGCUUUAUCAAUCAGCUCAUUCGCGGAGCACACGAGUUCGGCUUCGAGCGCUAUUGGGAUCGUAUUAUGAGCACAGCCUUCAUUAAGUCUGGCACCAAGGUGCAAAACAAUCGGCGGCACAACAGCAGCGACGAUCCGGUCGUUCUCAAACUGGAACACUUUCACGCCGUAUUCUUUCUGUGGGCCGUUGGCUUGGCUCUGGCGGUCUUGAUACACUUAUGGGAGUUGCUGCAACAUAACUGGGCCAAAGCAAAGCGCAAUCGCUAGACAACGGCAUGCAUAUAAGCUCUAUACAUACAAUAUAAACAUGCAUAUAUGUAUGGGA